AUGGAGAAGGGCGGCGGGAAGCCGGCGUCGUCGCGCCUCUGCUUCCUCGCCACUCUCUGCGCCAUGUUCUGGGUCCUCAUCUUCUACUUCCACUUCGCCGUCAUCUCCAACGAGCCGGCUGGCUCGGCGGCGCAGGCCACGGGUGUCCGCAUUGACCGCUCUCGCAUCCGCAUUCCCGAACGCGACGGCGCGUCCCGCGUCGACGUUCCCCUCGCCCCGCCCGCCCGCGCGUCGGAGCUGCCGCCUCCUCCUCCUAAUCCUGUCGCGCGCCCCAAGGAGGCGGAGGCGGAGGAGGAGGAGCACGCCACCGAAGUCCGCCGGGAGGAGGCGCCGCCCAAGGCUGCGGCGUCGUACCCGUUCGAGCGGGCGCUCAAGACGGCGGAGAACAAGAGCGACCCCUGCGGCGGCCGUUACAUCUACGUGCACGCCCUGCCGCCGCGGUUCAACGAGGACAUGCUCCGGGACUGCGAGAAGCUCAGCGUCUGGACCAACAUGUGCAGGUUCAUGAACAACGACGGGCUUGGCCCGCCCUUGGGCAACGAGGAGGGCGUGUUCUCCAACACCGGCUGGUAUGGCACCAACCAAUUCUCCGUGGAUGUCAUCUUCGGCAACAGGAUGAAGCAGUACGAGUGCCUGACCAAGGACUCGUCCAUUGCCGCCGCGGUGUUCGUGCCGUUUUAUGCUGGGUUUGAUGUGGCAAGGUACCUCUGGGGUUAUAAUAUCUCGACGAGGGAUGCCGCGUCGCUUGAUUUGGUGGAGUGGCUGAUGAAGAUGCCGGAGUGGAGUGUGAUGGGUGGGCGGGACCAUUUCCUGGUUGCAGGGAGGAUCACUUGGGAUUUCAGAAGGUUGACGGAGGAAGAGUCAGAUUGGGGCAGCAAGCUGCUUUUCUUGCCGGCUGCAAAGAACAUGUCGAUGCUCGUGGUGGAGUCGAGCCCGUGGAAUUCAAAUGAUUUUGGAAUACCAUAUCCUACAUACUUCCACCCAGCCAAGGAUGCUGAUGUUUUCCUUUGGCAGGAUAGAAUGAGGAGCUUGGAACGCCCAUGGCUCUUCUCGUUUGCAGGCGCUCCACGUCCUGGUGAUCCAAUGUCCAUCAGAGGGCAGCUCAUCGAUCAAUGCAGGAGCUCAAGCGUUUGUAAAUUGUUGGAGUGCGACCUUGGGGAGAGCAAAUGCCACUCCCCGAGCACAGUCAUGAAGAUGUUCCAGAGUUCUUUGUUCUGCCUGCAGCCCCAGGGUGACUCCUACACAAGAAGAUCUGCAUUUGACUCGAUGUUGGCUGGCUGCAUACCUGUUUUCUUCCAUCCUGGUUCAGCAUACGUCCAAUAUACAUGGCAUCUUCCAAAGAACUAUACAAGGUACUCUGUAUUCAUCCCUGAAGAUGACAUCCGUUCUAGAAAUGCCAGCAUUGAGGAGAGGCUAAAGAGUAUUCACCCAGAUGUGGUCAAGCAAAUGAGAGAGGAGGUCAUCAAUCUAAUACCAAAGGUGAUAUAUGCUGAUCCAAGAUCGAAACUGGAGACCUUGAAAGAUGCAUUUGAUGUUUCCAUAGAGGCAAUCAUUAACAAAGUGACAAAGUUGAGAAGAGAUAUCAUCGCAGGCCAAGAAGAGAGAGAUUUUAUCGAAGAGAAUAGCUGGAAGUAUAGUCUGUUAGAAGAUGGACAGCGGAUAAUUGGACCUCACGAAUGGGAUCCAUUCUUCUCGAAGCCCAAAGAUAAAGGUGGAGAUUCUAGUGGUUCAUCUGCUGAAGCCGCCAAGAAUUCUUGGAAAAGUGAACAGAGAGGACAUAGUUGA